GAAAAGGGAAAAGGGGAGGGGGCAUGAGGGAGGCACAGAGAAAGGCACUGCUAUAACUGCCAGGCAGGACACAUCCAUAUCUCAGUCUGCCUCAGAGAGAGAGAGAGAGAGCCAGUGGACAGAAUACAACAAAUCUGAGCUAAAACCAACUAUACACUUCAGAAUACAGAAGAAAUGAGAGCAACCAUCAGACUAGUACGCAAGGAAAAACAGUGUUAGAAUUUUAGAAAUUCUAGACAUUUUUGAACAAGGAAUUGCAAACAAACUUCCAUUUAAAAAUAACAAGGAGUGCAUGUUGUGCUAGUCAAAGGCAACAAAAAGAAGAGGACUACUGGAGUCACACCACUGGGAUGAGCAUGAACGGCACACUGGAGAAGGGGGCUCAUCACCAGACCCUCGACCUCUCCGAAGAGCUCCCAACCAACAGCCAUCACCACCACCAUCACAAUCACACCAGUCUCCAGCACACAAACUCCUUGGCCUCCACAGUGCCAGCCGGGACCCCAGUAGGUGGGUCUGGAGUGGUUGUGCCGCCACCUUACUCCGCUGCGGAGGCUGGGAGAGGUGAAGCUCCGCUGGAGCUCCGGGGCUCUCUGGACUGCUGGGCGUGCUCAGUGCUGGUGACAGCGCAGAACCUGGUGAUCGCGGCCAUCAAUGCCUGCCUGGCCGGGUUGGUUUUCGGGCUCAUCCUAACUCCUGCUAUUGUCAUGGUGGUGUUCGGCUUCAUCUGUCAUUCAACGGUGCGCCCGCACGGUUCAUCACCAUACUGUUCGGAUCUACUGACUGACGGUGGCUGUGUGGCUCUGCUGGUUGUGGGUUUCUUGCUAGUGACUCCACUCCUGGUUCUGGCCUUGGCUGCGUACUGCCGGCUUGCUCGUCACCUUCAGCUGGGUCUGUGUUUUAUUCCAUACAGCCGUGCCGUCUACAAGAACCUUCCAGCUACCCAGCACCGUGGCUUGACAGGGGGCUGCUGUGGACAGCGAUCUGGGAAAAGAGAAAGGAAGGGGAAGGUGUGGGUGUAAAUGGAAAGGACCACACUUCUGUUGUACUGGAGAUAUGGAAUGUUGUGAAAGAACACAGCAAACAUUAUAGACCAAAAAAUCCCCUCACUAAAUAUUUCAAUCUAUAUGACAGACAAAGACAGGCAAAGAAUUCUUACUUACCGAUUUACAUUUUUUUUUUUAUAGCCAAAUACAUCUUGUCCAUUUCUGAUGCCUAUAUAUUUAAUGCAACUAUUAUAGCACAAUCAAUUUUAAUUAGUCAAUUUCAGUGACAUUUAUAAAAUAAUCAAAUAUCCGAAAAUUAUGUGUAUGUACUUUUUGUAUAACAAACACUAUCAGCCUUAUAAAUAGUCAACAUUUCUAAAAAGACAUUGUCAAAAAUAUUUUUUCUUCUUAUAACCUGUACAGUUUUGUGUAUUUCCCUUUUCUUUAAAUGUUAGACCUAUAUACAAUUCAUUAAAUACUGUAAUUUCACAGAACUGAUGGGCUGCUCUCCUAAUUUUGCACAAGAUUUAUUCAUACAAAAUAAAAAUUACUCAUAAGCCUGAUCCAGAGGGAAGUUGUUUCUCAUGGGGACAAGUACAUAGAAUGCAUAUUACUGAGAAAAAAAAAAAAAAAAACUAUUUACAAGAGCAAUAUUUCCUAACUGCUCCACCACAGCUAGUGGGAGCUGUUAACCUGUUUAAUCCCAAAUGUUUUUCCAGACAUUAAAAUAUCCAGAUGGUG